AUGCCAUACUCAGCCCAUCAGACCAGAGCUUUGUGUGUGGUGGUUUUACCCAACAAGAUGCAACUCCACAUUACUGUUGGGUCAAAGAAUACGGGACAAGAGGUAAUCAGCGAACUCUCUCAACUGCUUGGUAUUACAGAUUUACAUCCUUUUGGCCUGAGUUUGGAAAAUGAUAAGGACCACCUAUUCCUUGACCUGGAGAAAAAACUAACCACAUACUUCCCUAAAACAUGGAAGAAGAAAACAUUGCCGGUAAUGCCAAAGAUUACUAUAGACAGGAUGGUUCUCCAUCUAAGAGUUCAGUACUACGUAAGAAAUGGUCGACAAAUUGUCGACGAGAAGGUCCGCAAUCUGUACUGUGCUGAGCUGAAAAACAGAGUUUUGAACUCCCAAUGUUAUGGGCAGGAAGGUCUGUUCUUCCAGCUGGCUGCAUACGCCUUACAGGCAGACCUGGGUGACUGGAAAGAGGGAGUGGAACCCUACUUCACUCCCCAGGACUAUUUUCCUCAUUGGGUGGGCCAUAAUGUGAUUUUGGAAAGGCGUGGAUGUGACUAUGUGGUGCAGCACACUCCAGACCUGCACAAAGAGCUGAGGGGAAUGUCUGCACACGACGCUUCUCUGCUCUUCAUCAAGGAGGCCUGUAGCCUGAGCGACGUGCCUUUCACAUUCUACAGCAUGAGGAAGGGUAAAAAGGAAAAGAGUGCCAGUAUGCUGCUGGGCCUGGCUUUGACAGGACUGCACAUAUAUGACAUAGAGCCAGCCAGUGAAGAAUACCAGCUUUUGUAUGAAUUUGCCUGGUCAAGUAUAGAUUGUCUUAAAUUUCAGGGCCGAAAGUUUGAGAUAAGGGCAGAUGGCGUGGCUGGGGAUAUUCUGGUGAUGUAUACGCAGUCAGUGAGACACUCUCAACACCUGCUGAAGCACAUGAGCAAUAACCAUCGUGCGCACCUAAACACAACCCAUUCAUUCAAACAGCUACAGAGAGAAGAGAGAAGGCAGCAAAGGGAAGUGUAUAUCAGGGACAGUACUGAUCCAGACUCAGAGGAGAGUGAGGAUGAGCUUCCACCCAUGAAGUCUUACCUGGACAAGGCCCGACAACACGAUGUUGAGCCACUGGUGACUGUCUCAGUAACAAAUGCCAGAGAUGCAGCUUGGGGAACUUCUCAAAAAGUACAAAGAAAAACAGAUUUGGAUGACUUAGAUGAGAUUGAGCUGUGUGUUGAUGAGCCAGAGGAGACGUUUGUUGAUGACCCUGAAGAGAUCAUACAAUUCCUGGAAGGUGUGUCUGUAGAUGGGCCUCCAUUAGUGACUGUGUCUCAGUGGAUAGAUUGUACAAUGGAGAUGAAACAGGUUUUAAGGCUGAGAACUUGCAGCCUUUCUUUGGACCAGUGCAGGGAGAGUGUAGAAAACCAUUAUGUCUCACACUCAGUCAACUCUCCCAAAGAACAUGUUGGCACCCUGCUGACAUAUAAGCAAGGACAAGAAGACAUAAUAUUUUAAUUAUCUUCCAUAAAAGUGGCUAAAUCUGUACAUAUUACUGUACACAUUAAAAAAUACAUGCAAAAAUGGCUACAUUUACACCCUUGCAUUUCCUGUUUUUUACCCCCUCUUCUCUCUGUCUCUUGCUCUCUCUCGCUCACCCUUUUACACUUUCGCAAAACUUCCAGUAAUCCCCUACACUCACCAUUGUCUGUUUUGCCAUUUCCACUGGAAUAAGUAAAGAAUGAUGAUGUUGCAAUCCAUUGUCACGAAGCCAAAUUGGCUGAAGACUAAUAAUAGUAUUUACUGAACGCUGGUAUUUUAUUAUCUUGCAUUCAUUAACAUUUUAUAAAAGUAAUAUAGAAACCAGGACGUGCAUUACAGUGAGUUAUCAUGGGUUUCACUCUUUCUGUUCUACCUUUCCUAACCGCACGUUCAACCCUGAGAAAUGAGCAUAACACAUGACGUCUUGUUGUUUAUUGCUUUCUCUAAAAAUCAUGAUUGGGUGCAUAAUCAUUUUUAAUGGAGUAACAGUAAAAAGUGGCACAAUUUACCUGACUUCACAUUGUUUUUUCAUUGUAGUUUCACUACCAAUAAAACUGCAUUGUUGUUAUGAUGCUGUGGGUUGUUGUUCUGUUUUGGCAAAACAAUUCCAACAUUACCAGUAACUAAGA